UCUUUUGUUCGGAAUAGUUUUGUCAUAUUCUGAUUAUAAGCAAACGGCAAAAACUCUUCUGUUUAGAGCUUUUCACAAAUGGAGACUACAACGGUACUUCGCUCAACCUUGGGUCUCUGUUCCGUCUCAUCUUCAUCAAACCUACGGCAGUACCGGACCUCAGCCGCGAAACAUCGACUCACUUCGGUCAAAUCCGUAACAUCCACGACUCCUCCUCCUCCUAGGGGUGUUCAACGGAAGCGGAAGAGUAAUGAUGUAAACGGAGCCAAGGUGGGGAAGGUGGUCGAGAAUCCGUAUUCCAAAGUGGAGGCGGCCCGUCCUGAUUUGAGGAAGAGCUUGUCGGAUUUUUUGGAGGAAGCGAGAGGUUUCGUGGGAGAUGGAGGAGGUCCACCUCGUUGGUUCUCUCCGUUGGAGAGUGGCGCUCAAGCUCCAGGCUCUCCUCUCCUCCUCUUUUUGCCUGGGAUCGAUGGGACUGGACUAGGGCUCAUUCGCCAUCACAAGAAGCUAGGAGAGUUUUUUGAUAUUUGGUGCCUUCACAUUCCAGUCAGCGAUCGUACCCCUGCUAAAGACUUGGUGAAGCUUAUUGAGAAGACCGUUAAGUCGGAGUACUAUAGGUUCCCAAAUAGACCUAUAUAUUUAGUUGGGGAAUCUAUUGGAGCAUGUCUUGCUUUAGAUGUUGCAGCCAGGAAUCCCAAUAUUGAUCUUUCUCUGAUCUUGGUUAAUCCAGCCACACAUGUCAACAACUUCAUAUCGCAACCUCUAUCAGGAAUGCUUAAUGUUUUACCAGAUGGUAUUCCAAAACUAUUGGAAGAUAUCAUCGGUGUUAAGCAAGAUGGGAUGAAUCCUUUUGCUAUUCAAAAUACCAAGUACAGUGUGUGGCCAGUGUUGUUGGUGAACUACAACAUGCAUCCAAAUUUGUGUAUGAAGGCUGAGAAUAUCAUGUUGACUAUGUUGAUCCCUGGUCCAACAGCUCCGAGUAACAACAUUGAUGUUUAUCUAGCUCAUUUGAUAGAUGAUUUGAAGGAUUUGUGGAAUGAGUGUUUUGAGGUCUAUGAUUCAUAUCUGAAAGAGCAUUUCACACUUAGAGCUUUGUUAUUGUGGACUAUCAGUGACUAUCCAGCCUUAGGGACAUUGUCUGGCUGUAAAGUGAAGGGUAAGCAAGCGUGUAAUGUUUGUGGAAAGGGUACACCUGCUAGGUGGUUGAAGUUUAGUCGUAAGUAUGUAUAUAUGGGAAAUAGGAGACGACUCAGACCUGGACAUCCUUACAGACGCAGAAAAGGAUGGUUUGACAACACGGUUGAGGAAGGGACUGCGAAUAGGAUUCAAACAGGUCAUGAAAAUUUUGAGACACUUAAGGAUUUCAGGAAUGAUUUUGGAAGACCCUUGGAUAAGGAAACUAAAAGGAAGAGAAAGAUGUUAGCAGAUGAGGAGAUUUCAGAGGAAGAGUGUGAAGAAACUUAUGAUCAGUGGCGAUGGAAGAGGCGGUCAAUUUUAUUUGACUUACCUUAUUAG